CACACACACACACACACACACACACACACAGGUUUUGCUCCUCUGCCUUCAUUCUUUGGAAGGCAGCUGCUAUAUUUUAAAUGAAGGCUUGAAAGCCCCCCAGGGAUUCAUCUCAGUAUGUGUCCCUGCAGCCAAUCUUUGAUGCACUGUCCGGCUUCUGGUAAUGCCCUGUAGACAUGCACGAGUAGAGACAUGCUCUGAAGUGAGUUUCUCAGAGUUCCAUCUUAGCACCCAUCAAAAGCAUACUCCCCUUUUCUCUUAUUUUUCACAUCUCUCUGUGCGAUUCCUUUUUGCUGUCUUAUAAUAAGUGAAUAGCAGAGUAGGAGGGAAAUUUUCUUGCCUGCUAGGAAUAGCUAUUUUGUCACAUGCUGGAGUUUGAUUCAUUUAGAUGGGUGGCAUUCUCAGCAAAAUGAGUUACAAUGAAAACAACACAGCAAUCAGAUAAGUAGAUCAAAAUCUGAUGAUAGUUUUGGUUGUUGGGAAGACUGGCCACUCUUGUGUUAACAUUUAAGAGCAAUAUAGUAAGUAUUUCAGCAAACCUUCUGUGUAGUUGAAGGCCUUGUGUGCUCCCAAUUUUGUUUUAGGACUGUAUAAAUCCUAAAAUCAAAGUGACAGUUAUAUCUCUUUUCUCUAAGACAGAACACACAUGUCCCCAUCGAAGAGAUUAGGCAGUGGUGUUACCUGUCCCGUACAGGGAGCUGUUCAGGCAAUUAGCAUGUUUUCAGCCUCACAUCUCCAUCCAGGUCCAGACUUGUGAACGAUGACAGAGUGAGAUGUCCUCCUUGAUGUCCUGAUACCAGGCAUGCAAAGUUGGAGUGACGCUUGAACUUCUAGUGCUCACCCGCAUGCUCCCUCGCUUCUAGAAAUCUGUUGAAAUCUCUCGGGUGUCUUGCGUUACAAAAUUAUCACAGUCUAUUUGCAAUAAAUCAAUGCAGAGUUGAAACUGAAUCAUAAGAGGUCUGACUCCUGGUCCCUCCCGUCACUCAUUAACUUUAUUUUGCCGCUGUAUUUCAUUUCUGUUUCUUUCAUUUUGAGGUUUUGGUGAAGAUAUCCCCAGAGAAUUGUUCAAGGUUCCCACUGCGAAAAUGGCCAAGGUGACAGCCACUCCUGUCAGCACACUUGUUGACGAGCCUGUGCACAUCCGGGUCACAGGCCUGAAGCCCUUUCAGGUGGUGUGCCUUCAGGCAUCCCUGAGAGAUGAGAAGGGGAAUCUGUUUGCGUCGAAGGCCUACUACCGGGCUAGCGAGGUAGGGGAGGUGGAUCUGGAGCAGGAUCCCUCGCUUGGAGGAGACUAUAUGGGCGUCCACCCCAUGGGUCUUUUCUGGUCCUUGAAACCCGAAAAGCUGCUGAGUCGACUGGCAAAGAAAGAUGUGACCAUCCCUUACGAGGUCCACAUAGAACUCCGUGAGCCUCACUUUCCCAUAAAAGGUGUAGUUGUCAGUCCGCCAAUGGACAGCCUGACUUUGGAAAGAUGGUAUGUGGCACCUGAUGUCACCAGGAUCCAGGUAAAGGAAGGCCGCCUCCGGGGAGCCCUCUUUCUGCCUCCAGGAGAAGGUCCCUUCCCAGGGGUCGUUGACUUGUUUGGGAGCACUGGUGGACUGGUUGAAUUCCGGGCCAGUCUUCUGGCCAGUCAUGGCUUUGCAGCCUUUGCUCUGGCUUACUGGGCCUAUGAUGACCUGCCUUCUCAUCUGGAGAAGAUAGAUCUAGAGUACUUUGAAGAAGGUGUAAAGUUUCUCCUGAGGCAUCCUAAGGUCUUGGGCCCAGGUGUUGGCGUUGUUUCUGUCUGCAAAGGAGCAGAAGUUGGACUCUCGAUGGCCAUUAACCUAAAACAAAUAAAAGCCACUGUACUUAUCAAUGGGCCCAAUUUUGUUACCAGUGACCCACAUGUGUAUCACGAUCAAGUCGACCAGCCCGUACCAUGCAAUAUAGAAUUUGUGACCACCAAUGCCUUAGGACUUGCAGAGUUUUAUCGAGCCUUUGAGGAAACUGCAAAUAAGGAUAGCAAAUAUUGUUUUCCCAUAGAAAAAGCUCAGGGACAUUUCCUCUUCGUGGUGGGAGAAGAUGAUAAGAAUCUCAACAGCAAGGUACACGCUCAUCAAGCCACAGCACAGCUGAUACAAAGUGGGAAGAAGAAUUGGACUCUGCUGUCUUACCCUGGGGCCGGUCACCUGAUUGAGCCUCCCUAUGCCCCCUUGUGCUCGGCCUCAAGGAUCCCCUAUGUGAUCCCGAGCAUCAGCUGGGGGGGAGAUGUUAUUCUACAUGCGGCCGCACAGGAGCAUUCUUGGAAGGAGAUACAGAAGUUUCUCAAGAAACAUCUCCUCCCAGAUAUGAGCAGCCAGCUCUGAGUGGACUCGAUGGUAUUACUGGGAAGUAGAGCUGUCCAGCACUACGUCUCACCUUCCGUAGAGGGAUGUCUCUGAUGUCUCACUGGAUGCUGAAGGAAGCUAUCAGAAGAAAUGCUGAGAGUGGGCUGAGAGUGAUAAUAUCUUGACUUUGGAAGGGGAAAAAAUGUUUUCCAUGUAAUGAAAUGUCAGGAAGUGAGAGCCCCAUAUCUGUAAUAAAUAAAAUUGUAGGCCUACCUUUCCUAAAGUUUUCAUCAUCGUAACAAUCUUCUGUAAUCAUAAUUAUUAAGGAAAUUAUUAGUGAUAAACCACGGGAUACUCUGCUUUGUAGAGGAAACACAAAAAGUAUUAUAUGUUGGCAUUGUUACUAAUUUCUCAAGACUCACAUUAAAUAUGCUUAGAUCGUUCUCAUUGUCACUGGCAACCUAGACGGGUAUUUUAAGGCAUUGUGAAUGCUUGUAUGUAUACAGGACCGUUGAAUCCAUUUACAAACAGCUUAGCAAAUGUUAAUAAAUAACUUUUGCCUCUAAACAUUUACAGCGUUUCAGCCUUCUCUGUAAUAAGAAGGGAGCAAUCUGACUGAGAUCUACAGAAGUGCAGCCAAGAGAAGCAAGCACGAUGAGGAGGACUGUGGCCCUUUAGGUCAGGGGUUAGCAGUUUAGUUUUGUGUUGUGUCUGUAAAGCACUAUGCCAUGAAAUUUCCACUUUGUCAUCUGUAAGUCUUCUGUCAGUACGCUGCAUUCUGCUAUGAUAAUAAGGGAAGUAUGUAAUGAAGAUGAUGUCUGAAUUCCAAUUAAACUUUUAAUUCUGUA